AUGUCUCAAAUCAAAAUCGCUGAGCGAAUAGCUAAUGGAGAACGGGAAGAGCCCGUGAAGGGUACUCCUCGUGAAUACCUCGAAACAUAUAGACAAUGUUGGGAAGAUGAUCCGAGCAAACGGCCAAAUGUACACGAGGUCUUGAAUAGACUGUUAAACACCGAGAUUCCUUCUAGAAGGAAGAGCGGUGAUAGUUUGUCAAGUGGGAAUGUCAUUAAUAUACCGGGCAGCACGAGGCCAAUUAGGGCGCGAAGAGAUUCGGACGGAGGAAUAAUGAAUGUAGGAGGCUCCGAUGAUAGAAUAUUUUCAAGUUCUCCUACCGAAAGUGCGAGUAGCGACGGAACGCUGUGUUCAAUAACCGAGGUUGAUCAGAUGUCAGAAGGUAGUGAUAAAAAUUCUUCAAAUAAGAUUCACUAG